UCUAGUUCAGUUCUAGUUCAGCUCUGGUUCAGUUCGUGGCUCUUUAUGGAUUACAGCUGGAGCUCUUAAAUCGUAUUUUCAUAAAGUUUGACCUAAGCUGUAGGCGUUGUUUAUUAUAGACUCUUUUUUUCAUCCAAAUAAAAUCUGUAAAUAUGUAAAAAUUUUAAAAUUGAAUAUAUGUUUUUAUUUAACGUUUUCAUAAAAAAUCUAAAAUUUUUAUUAAACCCAAUUUAUUAACCCAUUUUGCUCUUUUUUUCUUUGCCCCUCCCUUUAUACAGAGUGUUCUACAACAAACUACUAAUCACAUACCACUUGCCCGCGAUGAAUUAUUGCAGCCAUCCUCGCCCACUAUCUGCAACAACAGUUCACCAAAUCGUUUCCUAAUGCCGUUACAGUGCAGUGAUAUCUCCAGUUCUCAAGAUAAAUUCUGUGAAAAAUGUAAAAAAAUACUAGAUAAUCGUUUCGAAACCAUACCGGAACAACGCAACAAUGAGGCGCGUAUAACGCCCGACAGCAAUGGCAGUUCAAUAGACUCCAGCAUAUCGGAUCCAUAUCAGUCGUGUCAUUCACGUUCAGCUUCCACUGGUAAUACUUCUGAAUCCUGGGCACCGGGAGAAAGGGAUGAUGUUCAAAAUGCUUCUAAAACCGAUGCUAACGAAUCGUCAAAUGGUUCGGUUAAGCCUAAAACUAUUAAUGCAAGUCAACACCACCCAGUGCUCAAGAAACAAGGUGUAUCCGGUGAAAGUUGUGAAAUUUCCAUGCAACAGUCGAUAAAUAUACCUAUACCUAAAUAUGAUAAGGAUUAUAGUAGCAAACAAUUAAUAAAGGAGGCCAUUAUGGACAAUGAUUUCUUAAAGAAUAUAGAUGCUUCACAAGUCAGGGAAUUGGUGGACUCUAUGUAUUCUCUAAGCAUAGAAAAGGGUAAAUUUGUUAUAAGAGAAGGAGAGGUGGGAGCACAUUUGUAUGUCUCUGCCGAGGGUGAAUUUGAGGUAGAGAAAAAUGGCAAAAUAUUGGGUAUCAUGGGACCAGGAAAGGCCUUUGGUGAAUUGGCUAUAUUAUAUAAUUGCACCAGAACUGCUUCCAUUAGAGUGCUGUCGGAUGCCAGAGUAUGGGUAUUGGACAGACGUAUCUUCCAGCAGAUUAUGAUGAGAACGGGCAUGCAGCGCAUAGAGAAUAGUGUAAAUUUCUUAAAGUCGGUACCAUUGCUAAAGAAUCUCAGUGAAGAGGUAUUGGCUAAAAUAGCAGAUGUUUUGGAAGUGGAAUUUUAUCCCGCUGGUACUUAUAUCAUACGCCAAGGAGCCAGUGGCGAUACCUUCUUUUUAAUUUCCCAGGGUUCGGUUAAGGUCACACAAAAACUGGCACCUUCCGCUGAAGAGAAAGAAAUUCGUACCCUACAAAUGGGUGACUAUUUCGGCGAACAAGCCUUGAUUAAUGAAGACAAACGUACUGCCAAUAUUAUUGCCAUGGCUCCGGGUGUUGAGUGCCUUACAUUGGAUCGUGAGUCUUUUACUCAUUUAAUAGGCGAUCUUUGCGAGUUAAAGGAGAAAAAUUACGGCGACGAAAAUCGUGUUUUGGCCAUGAAAUAUUCGGAGAAAACUAAAGAGAUUUUCGGAGCUAAUGUUAAGCAAGGUGGGUAGCGAAA